AUGGCGCCUUUUCCUCACGCGGAGAAGUGUACCCAUCUCCUUGUUGCACUCUCUUCUUGUUUUUCCUUCCGCUCUCCUCGGGGUGCUUCUCCAAAUGUGGGUCACCUCAUGUGUAGCCCCGCUAGAAAAAAGGGAAUAAUUCAAAGGGGUCCCCUGACCAUUCGCGCGUCCCACAAUUUUUUAAGCAGCAUAACUACACCCCUGUUGAAUGAAAACUUUAAAAAGUACUUCGCCUUCCGAUGCCUGUCCCGCAUAUGCGUAUCGUUAAGUAGCGCCUUCUCCUUAAAUGCAAAAAUACAUUUGUAUAGGAAAAAUAGUAACAACCUGUUGCUGACCCAAGUCCUCCUCUACAAUGAGAUUCUCGUGAAGGUGUUGAAGAUCUGUUGGCUCUACAAGCUCAGAUCCUUUGUGGAUAGUAAUAUAAAAAUGUGUAGAAUUCUGUCUACCGUCUUUUACGUCACUGGCAUUUACUUGGAUUUACUUUCUACUUUGGAAAUUUUUAAAAAUUCUUUUUUUUUCCCCUGCGCCUUGUACGUCCUUUCGUCCACCCUUAAGAGUUUAAGCAUCAUGACGUAUGCGUCCAUCCGGUCCGCCACGAACCUUCGCCUGUGCGAAAUGUUAAACGGGCCAGGUGCGGGUGCCCCCGGGGUGCUUCACAAUCAUAGCAAUGGUAAUAAUAAUAGUAGUAAUAGUAAUAAUCGAACGGACAGGGGGGAACCCACACAUGAUCACCUACCCACUGAGGAACAGACGCGGGAAGAUACGGAUGGGGCAAAGCCGAAGGGGGACGACGUGGCAAUUCGCCUGGGGGAAGAUGCGCACGCGCCUGUUCUUGGUGCAGAGCAGGGAGGCGACACCCCUCUGGAGAGUUUAUCAAAUGGGACGAUCCCCCACAGUGAACAUGGCAACCAUUGCAGCAGUCGCAGCAGUCGCAGCAGUCAUAGCAGUCAUAGCAGUCAUAGCAGUCAUAGCAGUCGCGCUAGUACCCCCGCCAACGGUGUAAAGAAAACGUACUACAUUGGCGAAGUGAGUGUCCUCACGGAUUUGCUGGCCUCCCUCGUGGACCUCCUCACCGUUGUGCUUCUCGCACGGACGACCAAGUACAUAGAGAGGAAAAUUUUCUUUUACGUCAUCCUGUCCGCUCUGCAUUUGUUUUUCUCCUACAAGGAGUUGCAGUGCUUGUUGAAGUAG